UUUGAAGCUGCGCCGCGAGGGAGCGAGGCCCGCAUUGACAGCGGCGGGCGCUCGGACCCAGGCUGCCCCGCCGCGCCCGCCCGGCCGCCCUCGUCCCGCGCUCCCUGCCCCGGCAUGGCAGCUCCGGUGGCCCGGCGCGGCUCAGAGACCGAGCGGCUCCUGACCCCCAACCCUGGGUAUGGGACCCAGGUGGGGGCUUCGCCAGCCCCUCCCACCCCGCCAGAAGAGGAAGACCUCCGCCGCCGUCUCAAGUACUUUUUCAUGAGUCCCUGUGAUAAGUUCCGGGCCAAAGGCCGCAAGCCCUGCAAGCUGAUGCUGCAGGUGGUCAAGAUCUUGGUGGUCACAGUGCAGCUCAUCCUGUUCGGGCUCAGCAACCAGCUGGCUGUGACAUUCCGGGAAGAAAACACCAUUGCCUUCCGACACCUCUUCCUGCUGGGCUACACAGAUGGGGCGGACGACACCUUCGCAGCCUACACGCAGGAACAGCUCUACCAGGCCAUAUUCCACGCCGUGGACCAGUACCUGGUGUUGCCCGAUGUGUCACUGGGCCGGUAUGCCUAUGUCCGAGACAGAGGUGGCCCCUGGGCCAACAGCUCAGCUCUGGCUCUCUGCCAACGGUACUACCGCCAUGGCCAUGUGGACCCAGCCAAUGACACCUUUGACAUUGACCCAAUGGUUGUCACUGACUGCAUCCAGGUGGAUCCCCCUGAGCGACCCCCAGGGCCCCCGAGUGACGAUCUCGCCCUCUUGGAUGGCAGCUCCAGUUACAAGAACCUCACACUCAAAUUCCACAAGCUGAUCAACGUCACCAUCCACUUCCAGCUGAAGACCAUCAACCUCCAGAGCCUCAUCAACAACGAGAUCCCAGACUGCUACACCUUCAGUGUCCUGAUCACGUUUGACAAUAAGGCGCACAGCGGGCGUGUCCCCAUCAGCCUGGAGACCCAGGCCCACAUCCAGGAGUGUAAGCACCCCAGUGUCUUCAGGCACGGAGACAACAGCUUCCGGCUCCUGUUUGACGUGGUCGUCAUUCUUACCUGCUCUUUAUCCUUUCUGCUCUGUGCCCGCUCGCUGCUCCGCGGCUUCCUGCUGCAGAACGAGUUUGUCAGGUUCAUGUGGCGGCAGCGGGGACGGGUAAUCAGCCUGUGGGAACGGCUGGAAUUUGUCAAUGGCUGGUACAUCCUGCUGGUCACCAGCGACGUGCUCACCAUCUCGGGCACCUUCAUGAAGAUUGGCAUCGAGGCCAAGAACCUGGCCAGCUAUGACGUCUGCAGCAUCCUCUUGGGCACCUCGACACUGCUCGUCUGGGUUGGUGUCAUCCGGUAUCUGACAUUCUUCCACAAGUACAACAUUCUCAUCGCCACACUGCGGGUGGCCCUGCCCAGCGUCAUGCGCUUCUGCUGCUGUGUGGCUGUCAUUUAUCUGGGCUACUGCUUCUGUGGCUGGAUCGUGUUGGGGCCCUACCACGUAAAGUUCCGCUCACUGUCCAUGGUGUCCGAGUGCCUGUUCUCACUCAUCAACGGGGACGACAUGUUUGUGACAUUUGCGGCGAUGCAGGCACAGCAGGGCCGCAGCAGCCUGGUCUGGCUCUUCUCCCAGCUCUACCUCUACUCCUUCAUCAGCCUUUUCAUCUACAUGGUGCUGAGUCUCUUCAUUGCGCUCAUCACCGGCGCCUAUGACACCAUCAAGCACCCGGGCGGUGCCGGCGAGGAGAGUGAGCUCCAGGCCUACAUCGCGCAGUGCCAGGACAGCCCCACCUCCGGCAAGUUCCGCCGCGGGAGCGGCUCAGCCUGCAGCCUCCUCUGCUGCUGCGGCAGGGACGCCUCUGAGGAACAUUCGCUGCUGGUGAAUUGACCACGACGGCCACUGAGCUUUAGCCCCCGGACUGCGGGGACCCCCACUUAUUUAUUUUUAGGGUUUGCUUUUAAGGACCGGAUCCCUGCCGGGCCCUGUGAGGGCCUGGACCAGUCGGGUCGGACACUGGGGGG